AUGACGACAGUUUCGCCGCCUAAACCUUGGGAGCGCGCUGGUCCAACCGCUCCCUCAGGAACAGCCACUCCCAUAACAUCUACUGCCGUGACCCCCCCCCAAACCACCACCUCAUCGACAAACGCCUCCACCUCUGCUCCAGCCCUUCCCGACAGACCUUCCACUCUCAACAAUGUCGUAAACCAAACUGCUUCAAAUUACACAAAUCAGAAUCGAUUCGGUGUUGGCACAACACCUUACUCUUCUCCAUACUCAUCCUAUUCAUCUCCAUAUUCUCGUUUCGGCGGAGGCAUGUAUGGCGGAGGCAUGUACGGCACCGGAUACGGGUAUGGAGGUGGCAUGUAUGGCAGCGGCAUGUAUGGAGGAGGAUAUGGAAAUUAUCCGGGCAUGCCUGGCGAUCCGAACAAUCAAAGUUUGACCCAGACAUGGAAUCAGAGCACUGCCGCGACAUUCCAAAUCAUGGAAAGCAUUGUAGGCGCAUUUGGUGGAUUUGCUCAGAUGCUUGAGAGCGCGUAUAUGACGACUCAUUCUUCCUUUUUCGCUAUGGUCUCGAUGGCCGAACAACUGGGCAACCUCCGUCAAACUCUCGGUUCCGUACUGGGAAUCUACACCCUCAUGCGAUGGUUGCGCACAUUGUUAGCGAAAUUAACAGGUCGCCCGCCCCCUGCGGAUGCCACCUCGCUCACACCAGCAAACUUCUCUUCAUUCCUUUCGGGUGGUCGGACCCCUGCUACUCUCCCCGACGGUAGCCCAGCCCCUCCCCGACCUUCCAAAAAGCCAUUCAUAAUGUUCGCACUGGCCGUUUUCGGUCUGCCUUAUCUAAUGGGCAAAAUCAUCCGCGCAAUGGCCAAAUCGCAGGAAGAAGAACACCGACGCCAACAAGAGCAGAUGUCCCUGACCUAUACAAAUCAGAACGGCGAGCGAGUCCCCAUUGAUCCGCGCAAACUUGACUUCUGCCGCGUUAUGUACGAUUACACUCCGGCACCCAACUCUGGAGGAAUGGAUCUGGAAGUGAAAACGGGUGAUUUCGUCGCCGUCCUUUCCAAGACCGAUCCUAUGGGCAAUGCGUCCGAGUGGUGGCGUUGCCGUGCCCGGGAUGGCAAACAAGGCUAUCUACCCAGUCCGUACCUCGAACCGAUUCAGCGACCGGCCCAACGACCUGCCCCUCAGAUCACCGAAGGAGCAGCUGCGUCGGCACCAGGAAGUCGUAGCGCAACCAUGAAAGGCGCCGAACCCGCGACCACGGCGAGAAAACUGCUCGAAGAAGGCGAUCGGACGAAGAGCUUGAAUGCUAUUUAUGGCGGCACGAGCGGCAUGCACGGCAUGCACGGCAAUGUCAAUGCCACCGCUCCAAAUCCUGUUGCUGUCCCUGUCAAGGCUCCCGAAGUGAAAGGGAAACCGGGUGACAUUUCGGCCGAGAGUUUCCAGAAGAGUGCUUUCUAUUCUUGA